ACGGAUGUAACGCACAGGCCACAAUCUUCUCGACUAAGGACCAAGCAAGCUUCAGGGAAGGGCUGGAGCAACUUUAAGCCUAUUCAGAUAGAAAAGGAGAAAAACAACUUUACCUACUGUUAGUUAUACUUGAACUCUUCAUAUUGGCCUGCUCAUUGAUGCAAGACAGAAGCUGUGGCCGGGCAUUGCCUCUUUCUUUAAUGCUGAAGGAGACUUACUCUCCAGAAAGCGGCAGUAGUACGGGAUAUCCUGAAAAUAUGUCAGAAGCUUCAUCUUACCAUGACUUUUUCUGUGAUUCCCUGUCAGACACACAGAAUGGUGAAUUUUCAAAUGAACUUUCUGCCUUCCUUACCCAGGAGGAGAUAAGUAAGAGCCUUGACAUAGCUCGAGAAGCCAUUGCCAAUUCCAUGGAGGAAGAGGAGAACACAGCACCAGACUUUACUCAUUAUCUCGACACCCCUCUUUCUAGCCCUUCAGAAAACCCUUCUUUCAGGGACACCGACCUCCAUGAGCAAGACACUUUACCAACACCUCAAGCAAGCAGUUGGACUUCAUCUGCUGCAAGUCAUGUUCUCCCAAGGAAUCAGAAAGAGCAAUCCACUGCACCUCAGACAGAGGAUAGUUUUGCCACAGUUUCUAAGAUACAAGCAAGCACCACACCUUUUCUACCUGCUAGUCCCAGCUUUGUCAGAAGCCUGAAAUAUUCAGAGAAAGGUGGUCCAUGUAUGCCUAAGACAAGCCCAAACUCUGAAUCGACAUUUCAGGGAGAAGCUCCUUUCAGGAACAAGCUGUGUGACAAAGCUGCCACAUUCAUAGAGGAGUUAUCAUCUAUAUUUAGACAAGCAGCAAAGACAAGAGGCCGUAGUCCCGAUGGGGAUUCUUCUUCUCCAGACAGUGGAUACCUGUCACCUAAUAAGAAACAACCAGCUUUAAGUACCUUGGUGAACCAGCCACAUCAAGAGACUGAACCUGAGGACAAAUUACCUGGAGUUCAUCUGAAUGGAGAACACUAUUCUGGAAGGGGGAGCAUCAUGGAGAGCAAAAUGGUCCUGUGCCGUCCCUUCAUCAACAUGGAAGAGCAUGAGCUUUCACCACCUCUAUUCACUCAGAAGCUCCGGAGCCAGGAAGUUGCCGAAGGAAACAAAGUAUUGCUGGAGUGCAGAGUUGCUGGCAACCCAGUCCCUGAUGUCAGAUGGUUCUGUGAAGGAAAAGAACUCCAGAAUUCCCCUGACAUUCAGAUCCAUUCUGAAAGUGGAGGACUUCAUUCACUAAUUAUAGUAGAAGCCUUUGAAGACGACACUGGGCGCUAUACUUGUCUGGCUUCAAAUUCUUUUGGUUCAGAUAGCACAUCAGCUGAAAUAUUCAUUGAAGGUGCCAGUUCUACAGAUUCAGAGAGUGAAAGUUUAAUUUUCCAAUUAAAAUCUGGAGCUAUGCCACAGGCCCAAAAGAAAAGCACUUCUGUUUCCUUGACAAUAGGAUCUUCUACACCAAAAUCAGGAGUGACCACAGCUGUAAUUCAACCUAUCUCUAUGCCCAGUCAGCAGGUUCAAAGCCCUACUUCAUACCUGCACCAUCUGGAUGGACCCAAGCCUAUCUAUUCUGCACCUAUUUUUACAAAGGAGCUACAAAAUGCCACAGCAUCUGAAGGACAAGUCGUAGUAUUGGAAUGCAGGAUCAGAGGACACCCUCCCAUUCAUGUUAAGUGGUUUCGACAGGGCAUUGAAAUUCAAGAUUCUCCAGACUUCAGAAUUCUCCAAAAAAAGCCACGAUCUGCCACUGAACCUGAGGAGAUAUGUACACUUGUAAUAGCAGAAACUUUUCCUGAAGAUUCAGGAAUUUUCACCUGCACAGCAACAAAUGAACAUGGUUCAAUAACAAGCAGUGCACAACUGACUGUCUGCUCAGCCAACUUGGAAUGUUCUAGUGAUGAUUUCCAUCAUUUCUCACCACUUCCUCCAGCUGAAAUUAGCUCUCUUGAGCUUCCUCCUAAGAAACAUACAGAUACCCACCAAGCAAACAACACUGACUUGAGACCUGGUGUGAUAGACCUUCAACAACAGCUCAAUUCACCUGAGGAAAAAUCAAAUGGUAUUCAUCCUCUUCAUGGAGUAAAUGGAAUGAUUAGCAGCAAGCCAAAUGGUGAUAAAUCCAUCCCAUCUCCAGCUGUCUUGCUUUCACCCACAAAGGAGCCACCACCUGUGCUUGCCAAACCAAAGCUGGACCCCCAAAAAAUACAGCAGCUGCAGAACCAAAUUCGUCUGGAGCAAGAAAGUGGACAGUGGUAUCGUCACCAACAGCAACCUGAUCAUCAUCAGCACUCUCCCUCUUCUCCUUCCUUUCCUCCUCCCCCCUCCUUCCAGGAGCUUGAAUCCAGCCAGUCUGCCACCUCUCCUGUGCCAAUGAGUAUUCUUAACUCUCAUACUUCCCCAACCAUGCAGUCUUCCGGCUCCUUCAACUAUGCUCGGCCUAAGCAGUUCAUUGCUGCCCAGAACAUCAGCCCUGCUUCAGGUUAUGUGACUCCAUCUUCUGGGUCAUCUACAUCUAGCCUUCCUUCUCCUAUGUCUCCAACUGCUUCUCAAAAACAGUUUGGGAGAGUGCCAGUUCCUCCCUUUUCUCAGCAGUUUGCUCCAGAAGGGGAAUAUGCCUGGUCUCCUUCUUCUCCAUCCCCUCCACCCCCACCUCCACCUGUCUUUAGUCCAACAGCGACAUAUCCAGUGUGUGAUUCCUUUCCACUUCCACCUCCUCCACCCCCUCCUCUUCCUUCACUUUCUUCACCUUCCCACAGCCUGUCUCCAACUCCAAGAUUUCCUAAUUCCAGCCAGUCUCCAGCAGCUUUUCUCAGCUCCAUGCUGCCAUCCCAGCCACCACCCAUUUCUGUCAACGCGUUAGGCCUCCCAAAAGGAGUGACGCCUCCGGGAUUUCCCAAGAAAACAGGCAGAACUGCUAGGAUAGCAUCAGAUGAAGAGAUUCAAGGGUCAAAAGAUGCUGUAAUUCAGGAUCUGGAGAGAAAACUUCGCUUCAAAGAAGACCUUUUGAACAACGGACAACCGAGACUAACAUAUGAGGAAAAAAUGGCUCGUAGGUUGCUGGGAGCAGACAGUGCUGCAACUGUCUUCAAUAUACAGGAACCAGAAGAAGAUCCUGCUAUACAGGAAGCUCGCUCUGUUGGUGCUUCUGUAGUGAGUCCCAUGGAUAUUCAAAAGGAAUAUAAAGUCUCCAGCUUUGAGCAAAGGUUGAUCAGUGAAAUUGAAUACAGGCUGGAGAGAUCUCCUGUGGAAGAAUCAGAUGAUGAAGUGCAACAUGGAGAUGAACCUAUUGAUAACAGUAUGUCACCAUAUUUUGAGAUAAAGCUGAAGCACUUCAAAAUCUUUGAGGGAAUGCCAGUCACAUUUACAUGCAAAGUGGCAGGAAAUCCAAAGCCAAAGAUUUAUUGGUUUAAAGAUGGGAAACAAAUUUCUAAACGAAGUGAUCACUACCGAAUUCAAAGAGAACCUGAUGGAACUUGCUCGCUGCAUACUGCAGCCUCCACCCUGGAUGAUGAUGGGAAUUACACUAUUAUGGCUGCUAACCCACAGGGCAGAGUGAGUUGCACAGGCAGGCUGAUGGUUCAAGCUGUAAAUCAAAGAGGCCGCAGUCCUUGGUCACCUUCAGGUCAGCCUCACAUAAGAAGACCACGAUCUCGAUCAAGGGACAGUGGUGAUGAAAAUGAACCAAUUCAGGAACGAUUCUUCCGGCCUCAUUUUCUGCAGGCUCCUGGAGACCUGACUGUUCAAGAAGGAAAACUAUGCAGGAUGGACUGCAAGGUUAGUGGAUUACCAACUCCAGACUUAAGCUGGCAACUUAAUGGCAGACCAAUUCGCCCUGACAGCUCUCACAAAAUGUUGGUGCGUGAGAACGGGGUGCACUCCUUGAUCAUAGAACCGGUCACAUCCAGAGAUGCUGGAAUCUACACGUGCAUUGCCAGCAAUCGAGCUGGUGAGAAUUCAUUCAGCCUGGAGCUCACUGUUGCAGCUAAGGAAGUACAAAAAGCACCUGUGUUUAUAGAGAAGCUACAAAACACAGGUGUGACUGAGGGAUUCCCAGUGCGACUGGAGUGUCGAAUCUCGGGAGAGCCAUCUCCUCAGAUAUUUUGGAAGAAAGAGAACGAGUCACUCACAUACAACACUGACCGAGUGAGCAUGCACCAGGAUAACUACGGCUACAUUUGCCUGCUUAUUCAGGGAGCUACAAAGGAGGAUGCUGGCUGGUACACUGUUUCAGCUAAGAAUGAGGCUGGGAUAGUGUCUUGCACUGCCAGGCUGGAUGUUUAUAUUUCUCCUCAAUAGUAAACAUCCACUUCAAGACAACAAAUGCUCUGUCAAACUCAGUGGCAACAACCCCCUCAGCAGACCAAGCCAAAGAAGGUGCGGCCCUCAGCCAGCCGAUACGCUGCUCUCUGUGACCAAGGACUAGACAUCAAAGCAGCUUUCCAGCCAGAAGCAAACCCAGUGCACCUGACAAUGCAGCCUGGCCUGGUAGAGAGCGAUGAUCUGUAGAUUCAACUGCCGCUUCCAUCAUCUUCUUUCAAAGCAGAAACACUGAAAGCCAUUGCCUUGACCAAUGAUACUCCUAUGUCACUUUAUGCAAGGGCAGACACCUUCAUGUACAAAAGAUAAACAACAAACACAGUAACCAUAUAUUCCUUAUUCAUUAUACCAAAUUAGAAGAAUAGAUAGAUUAUUAAUAGAAAUGUACACAUUGCACAACAAAUCACAUUCACCAGUUCCUUAACCUAUGUUGCUUCAUAACCCUUUUCAUAGAGGCCAAAAUGCAUCAGAGAGAAAGAUUUUUCACUACAUACCUUCGUAAGCAGUAAGUAGAUGCUACACAGUCUUAAUGGUGCAAGAUGUUUUCUUCAAGGGUUAUCAACAGUUCUAAAAUGGCUACACACAUUCUGACAGCUACGAUGAACAAGUGCAAUACUAUAAGAAUGAAACAGGAAGGGACAAGGAAAGAAAUGUAAGCAAAUGCUGUAUCUCUGCAAACUGCUUUCUAUUCAACCAUGAAAAAAAUAAUCUUUCUUUCAAUGCUGUUAGUAUGGACAUCAACACCCUAACUUUCAAUUCAUUUGUGUUUUUCCUUUUUGCCAUCUUGGAGGAGGCUUAUUUACAAACACAUAGCAAUGGCAGUCUAAGCAGAAGUAAUUUACUUCUGCAGGACAACCAAGAAGAGAUGGCACAUAGUAACAAUCUACUCCAGACUCAAUCACACAUUGGUAACUAGAUGGGAAAAAAUGCUGAUAGUAUAAACCACUGCAGUGAAUUACUGCAAGGGGUGGGAGGGGGACUGUGCAAGAGGUUGAAACUCUCUGGAUUUCUGGAGAGCAGGUAACCUUGUAAUACUCCCAUUCAAGCUUCUGAAAUUCUAACAUGAGCUGAAAACUAGAGAGUGUAUGUAUGGAAUGUUUGACUGUUUAAAGCUUGUGUAAUAUGUAUGAGGAUUUUAGAAAUGUAUAGUAAGUGAAAAAUUGAUUGAAACUACACUACGGAUUUAAGUGACAAGUAUACACCACAGGUGAUAGUUUGCAAAUCUGAGGAAGUAGAAAAUGAAGAUAGGCAAAAAAAUCCAGUUUGCUUUUUGUUUUUUCUUCUUAAUAUAUGUCUCUGAUAUUUCCUUCUCCUGACUGCAGGCAAAUGUCAACUCUUUUGAGGGGUAGUCUGUGCACCAUAGGUGAAAAGCCUGAAGGCUACUUACAGAAUGCAAGGCAAAUCCAUUUGGAAGUGGAGCCCCACUUAAGUCACACCUGACUACGUAGUUUUAAAUUAGAAUCAAAUGAAUUUCAGUUGAAUGGGAGGGAGGAAGAAUGGAUGGAAAAAUUACUAGGCCUGACAAGGAAAAUGAGUGUUUGAUGGUACGAGCUACGAUACUUCGCUAGGAAAGGAAAACACUGUAUUCCUUAUAUGAAGCACAUAUAUGGUAUCUUUCAUUAUUUAUAAUAAAAGUGUUGAAAUCUUUUAUCUCAGUUCAUUUAUUCAGAAGUCCUGUACUUAGGGAUUUGUUUGUUGUUUUUUUUUAAUUUUGUAAUUGUGUACACCAUAUAUUGCAUUACUGCUAUACGUGUAUUGCUUUGUAAGUACACAAAGUUUGUUUUGUUUUUUAGUGACUAAUAAACUUUAGCACACAAGGUAGUACUAUUCUGGUGCAGGAUAUGACUAGUAAUGGGGAUGGUUAAACUAGAUUAACAUCAGUCUGACAGGUGGGAAUAAUCUGAUUUUAUUCUAGAAGUAUGUCAUAUCUUUUGCCAAAUUUUCCUCAACUGUGACAUGCUAAUUUACUUUUUUGUUUAGCUUCACUAGCAUUAUUUUGCCACUUUUUAUUUGUAUUUAUAAAAAUGUAUUAUCAUUACUUUGGACUGUUGUGCUGAUAUAAUGUGGGUUUAGCAUCAAUAAAUAUUACACAAAUAGAAAGUU